AUGUAAACCGUAAAGGAAACCAUUUAAGCGAUCUGCAAUAUCUUAUAAGCUUUUGGGAUCAAUAAUAUCGAUCCCAACACCUUCAGACAAGCAAAACAUAAUCUCUCUGAAGCAGUAACUAUGACUUAAUCUUUUUAUUAGAUUAAGCCAAUCUCAAGCAUUAUGCAUAACUUACUCAUAUUAGAUUUAUUCGAUUUCGAAUAUAAAUUAAAUGAGAUUACCAAUACACAUACAGACCCUGAUGGAUUGGAGAUCAUCUUACUUGCAUUAAGAAAUUCACCAUUUAUAAUCUACAAAAAUGGCAAGCCUGGAAUGGAUUAUUCAUCAAGUCGAGAUUUGCUUUUAGUUGUUGGACAAAUAUUGGCUGAAUCAGAUAUUUUUGAGAAAUACAAAAGGUUAAUCGAAAAAAGGGUGGCCAAUUUGAAAAUAAAGUUAGUUAAUAAGACAAAAGAACAGGAAGUAGAGAUUUCGACUCUAAGAUUUGUAAGCGAGGGUAAUUAAGUGAAGGAUUUUGAAAAUCUAAAUAGAAUAAUUAGACAUCAAUUCAAAUAACUUUCCUGCUUAUUCAAAAGAAAGGAAGCCCAAUAAACCCAGAUUGAUAAAAUAGUAUAAUAAAUGAAUUUAAAGGAUUUUACAGUCGAUCAAUUGCUCAGUCUCUCGGAUCCAGAUUAAUUAAAUGAAAUUAUAGCAAAUUUGAAGGAGAUUAUGUAAUUUUUAGAAUUUGAAACUUCAAUGCAUAGACAUCAAGAAAUAUUUUGGGCAUGGUUGGUAAGAAAUAAUGUUAUUUAGGAAAGCACAGUUGAUGAAGACAAAAAGGAUGUCAGGGAUCAUGCAGACUACGGAUUUCCAGAUGAAACAAUAAUGUUCGGUCCUGGUUAAUAGAUGAUUAAAUUAAUUGAACACACUUAAAUGAAACUUCAACAACUAAGCGACUAAUUUGAAUUAUUUGAAUCUACUUCAUCAUAAUUUGAAAAUGCUUGGGAGAAAGUAUCUUCAUUAUUGAAAGAGGAUCCAGGUUCUGAAUAGAAGUUAUAACAAUUACAAUUGCAAAUUCAUAAGAUUGUAGCUUAGAACAAUAUUAAAUUAAUUUCCUUGAAGACUUUUAAAGAAUAAGUUUUCUCUGAAAAAGACUUACUAUAUUGUUAGGCUAAUGAUUUUAUUAAAUAUGCCAUAAAACACAAUUUCACCUAAUCAUCUAAUCAUAAUGAAAGCAAUGGAUUCGAAUAGAAGAUAAUAUAUUAGCAAGAACAAUUUGUAUUUAGGAUUGAACAACUACAUUAAUAAAUAGAAGAUGAAGCUGGAAAAAUCAAGGGUCAUCUCAAAGAACUAGUAUUUUAUCCAUAAAAAUGA